GUGUGUGAGUGGAGAGUGAGUGCGGGACCUGAAGCUGUGUGUGUGUGAACUGUGGCCACUGGCGGGGUCGGGGGGGAGGGGGGCAGCGGCGGAGCCGCCUCGGACGAUAAGGAAAUUGAGAUUUGGAGAAGUUAAAUAACCAAGACUUCACAGACAAAGUCUCACCCUUUUGCCCAGGCCAGUGUGCAGUGGGGUAAUCUCGGCUGACUGCAACCUCUGUCCCCUCCAAGUUCGAGUGAUUCUCCUGCCUCAGCCUCCCGAGUAGCUGGGAUUACAGGCAAAGCCAUGACUACAGUAGUGGUACAUGUGGACUCCAAAGCUGAGCUCACUACCCUGCUGGAGCAGUGGGAAAAGGAACAUGGCAGUGGGCAGGACAUGGUACCUAUCCUUACCAGGAUGUCUCAACUGAUUGAAAAAGAAACUGAAGAGUAUCGUAAAGGGGAUCCAGACCCAUUUGAUGAUCGACAUCCUGGUCGAGCUGAUCCAGAGUGUAUGCUGGGCCACUUGCUGAGAAUACUCUUCAAGAAUGAUGAUUUCAUGAAUGCACUGGUGAAUGCAUACGUGAUGACAAGCCGAGAGCCCCCUUUAAACACUGCAGCUUGCAGACUCCUACUAGACAUCAUGCCAGGGCUGGAAACUGCUGUUGUCUUUCAAGAAAAGGAGGGAAUUGUCGAGAAUCUUUUCAAAUGGGCCCGAGAGGCUGAUCAACCAUUGAGAACAUAUUCUACUGGACUGUUAGGAGGUGCUAUGGAAAAUCAAGACAUUGCUGCCAACUAUAGAGAUGAAAAUUCACAGCUGGUGGCAAUAGUGCUUCGAAGACUGAGGGAGCUACAGCUACAGGAAGUGGCUUUGCGGCAGGAAAACAAGCGUCCCAGUCCACGGAAGCUCUCUUCUGAACCCCUUUUGCCUCUGGAUGAGGAGGCUGUGGAUAUGGACUAUGGUGACAUGGCUGUAGAUGUAGUGGAUGGAGACCAAGAGGAAGCUUCUGGAGACAUGGAGAUCUCCUUUCAUCUUGAUUCAGGCCACAAGACCAGUAGCAGAGUGAACUCAACAACCAAACCUGAGGAUGGAGGAUUAAAGAAAAACAAGUCAGCAAAACAGGGUGACAGAGAGAACUUUAGGAAAGCCAAGCAAAAGUUGGGUUUCUCAUCUUCUGAUCCGGAUCGCAUGUUUGUUGAGCUGUCUAAUAGCAGCUGGUCAGAAAUGUCUCCCUGGGUGAUUGGCACCAAUUAUACCCUUUAUCCUAUGACUCCUGCUAUCGAGCAGCGACUCAUUCUCCAAUAUUUGACCCCCCUAGGAGAAUAUCAGGAGCUACUUCCCAUAUUCAUGCAACUUGGAUCACGGGAGCUGAUGAUGUUUUAUAUUGACCUGAAGCAAACUAAUGAUGUCCUGCUUACAUUUGAGGCACUAAAGCACCUAGCAUCUCUCCUGCUCCAUAACAAAUUUGCCACAGAAUUUGUUGCGCAUGGUGGAGUACAGAAAUUACUGGAAAUACCUCGUCCUUCUAUGGCUGCAACCGGUGUGUCUAUGUGUUUGUAUUACCUAUCCUACAAUCAGGAUGCCAUGGAAAGAGUUUGCAUGCAUCCCCACAAUGUUCUGUCUGAUGUGGUGAACUAUACCCUGUGGUUAAUGGAGUGUUCUCAUGCUUCAGGAUGCUGCCAUGCUACCAUGUUUUUUUCAAUUUGCUUCUCAUUUCGGGCUGUCUUGGAGCUCUUUGACCGCUAUGAUGGUCUUCGUCGUCUGGUGAACUUGAUCAGUACUUUGGAGAUUCUAAAUUUGGAAGAUCAGGGUGCACUUCUGAGUGAUGAUGAAAUAUUUGCUAGCCGCCAAACUGGGAAACAUACCUGCAUGGCUUUGCGCAAAUACUUUGAGGCUCACCUGGCCAUUAAAUUGGAACAAGUGAAGCAGUCACUUCAGAGGACUGAGGGUGGCAUUCUUGUCCACCCGCAACCCCCGUACAAGGCAUGCUCAUAUACUCAUGAACAGAUUGUGGAAAUGAUGGAAUUUUUGAUAGAAUAUGGCCCAGCGCAGCUAUAUUGGGAACCAGCUGAAGUCUUCCUCAAACUUUCUUGUGUGCAACUCUUAUUGCAGCUUAUUUCUAUUGCCUGCAAUUGGAAGACCUAUUAUGCAAGGAAUGACACUGUGCGCUUUGCUUUGGAUGUCCUGGCUAUUCUUACUGUGGUGCCAAAAAUCCAGCUCCAGUUGGCAGAAUCAGUGGACGUGUUGGAUGAGGCUGGAUCUACAGUUUCUACUGUAGGUAUCAGCAUUAUUUUGGGAGUGGCUGAGGGUGAGUUCUUCAUCCAUGAUGCUGAAAUUCAGAAGUCAGCACUUCAGAUUAUCAUCAAUUGUGUGUGUGGCCCAGAUAACCGAAUAUCCAGUAUUGGUAAAUUUAUCUCUGGUACUCCUCGGAGAAAGCUGCCUCAGAACCCUAAAAGCAGUGAGCACACCCUGGCCAAGAUGUGGAAUGUGGUUCAGUCCAACAACGGCAUCAAGGUGCUCCUGUCCUUACUGUCCAUUAAGAUGCCCAUCACAGAUGCAGACCAAAUCCGGGCCCUGGCCUGCAAGGCCCUGGUGGGCCUCUCUCGCAGUAGCACUGUCCGGCAGAUCAUCAGUAAACUGCCCCUUUUCAGCAGCUGCCAGAUCCAGCAGCUGAUGAAGGAGCCUGUGCUGCAGGACAAGCGCAGUGACCACGUCAAGUUCUGCAAGUAUGCUGCUGAACUCAUUGAACGGGUGUCAGGAAAACCACUUCUCAUUGGCACUGAUGUUUCCCUAGCACGACUGCAGAAAGCAGAUGUUGUUGCCCAGUCAAGGAUCUCCUUCCCUGAGAAAGAGCUGCUUUUGUUGAUACGAAACCAUCUUAUCUCUAAAGGGCUUGGAGAAACAGCAACCGUGCUGACAAAAGAGGCUGACCUGCCCAUGACUGCUGCCUCCCAUUCUUCUGCCUUUACCCCAGUCACUGCUGCUGCUUCUCCUGUCUCUCUACCCCGAACCCCUCGUAUCGCUAAUGGCAUUGCAACUCGACUGGGCAGCCAUGCUGCCGUGGGUGCCUCUGCCCCUUCUGCCCCUACUGCUCAUCCUCAGCCACGGCCCCCCCAGGGUCCGCUAGCUCUGCCUGGCCCAUCUUAUGCAGGCAACUCCCCUUUGAUUGGUAGAAUCAGUUUUAUCAGAGAGAGGCCAUCACCCUGCAAUGGCAGGAAAAUCAGAGUGUUGCGGCAGAAGUCGGACCAUGGUGCCUACAGCCAAAGCCCAGCCAUAAAAAAGCAGCUGGACAGACAUCUUCCUUCCCCACCUACGCUGGACAGUAUAAUCACAGAGUAUCUUAGAGAACAACAUGCUCGCUGCAAGAAUCCAGUUGCCACCUGCCCACCUUUCUCCCUCUUUACUCCUCACCAAUGUCCUGAGCCAAAACAGAGGCGGCAAGCGCCAAUAAACUUUACCUCAAGGCUAAACCGCAGGGCAUCAUUUCCAAAGUAUGGAGGGGUGGAUGGCGGAUGCUUUGAUAGGCACCUUAUCUUUAGCAGAUUCCGUCCUAUUUCAGUGUUCCGGGAAGCCAAUGAAGAUGAGAGUGGCUUCACCUGCUGUGCAUUCUCAGCACGGGAGCGGUUCCUGAUGCUUGGCACCUGCACAGGGCAGCUGAAGCUCUAUAAUGUGUUUAGUGGACAGGAGGAGGCCAGCUAUAACUGUCACAACUCAGCCAUCACACAUCUUGAACCUUCCAGGGAUGGGUCCUUGCUGCUGACAUCUGCUACUUGGAGCCAGCCUUUGUCUGCACUUUGGGGAAUGAAGUCAGUAUUUGAUAUGAAGCAUUCCUUCACAGAAGAUCACUAUGUUGAGUUCAGUAAGCACUCCCAGGAUCGGGUCAUCGGCACAAAAGGAGACAUUGCCCACAUUUAUGAUAUUCAGACUGGCAACAAGCUGUUGACUCUGUUUAACCCAGAUCUUGCCAACAACUACAAGAGGAACUGUGCCACCUUUAAUCCUACAGAUGAUCUUGUCUUAAAUGAUGGUGUCCUCUGGGAUGUCCGCUCUGCACAGGCCAUCCACAAGUUUGACAAGUUCAAUAUGAACAUCAGUGGUGUUUUCCAUCCGAAUGGACUGGAGGUGAUCAUUAAUACUGAGAUUUGGGACCUUCGAACUUUUCAUCUUUUGCAUACUGUUCCUGCUCUGGAUCAGUGUCGCGUGGUGUUCAAUCACACGGGAACAGUGAUGUAUGGAGCUAUGUUGCAGGCAGAUGAUGAAGAUGACUUAAUGGAAGAGAGGAUGAAAAGCCCCUUUGGGUCAUCCUUCCGAACAUUUAAUGCAACUGACUACAAACCUAUAGCAACCAUUGAUGUGAAACGGAACAUCUUUGACCUGUGUACAGACACCAAAGACUGCUAUCUUGCUGUCAUUGAGAAUCAAGGCAGCAUGGAUGCCCUGAACAUGGACACAGUAUGCAGGCUGUAUGAAGUGGGCAGGCAGCGUCUGGCAGAGGAUGAGGAUGAAGAGGAGGACCAGGAAGAGGAAGAACAGGAGGAAGAAGAUGAUGAUGAAGAUGAUGAUGACACUGAUGAUUUAGAUGAGCUUGACACUGACCAGUUGCUGGAGGCGGAGUUGGAGGAGGACGACAAUAAUGAGAACGCAGGGGAAGAUGGGGACAAUGACUUCUCUCCCUCUGAUGAGGAGCUAGCAAACCUUCUAGAGGAGGGAGAGGACGGGGAGGAUGAAGACUCUGAUGCAGAUGAGGAGGUGGAACUGAUCCUGGGGGACACUGACAGCUCUGACAACUCUGAUUUGGAAGAUGACAUCGUCUUAUCUCUGAAUGAGUGAGGAGCCAUCACUGCUUGGAAGAGAUUCUUGGCAGGCGAGAAACUGAGUCAAAUGAAUUCAGAACAUAUUCCCUUCUCUUUCUCCCAGGGCUGUCUUUUAAGGAGCUGCAUGCCCUGCAUUCAGAAAAUUAUGGCUUAGAGAGCCUCACUGGCACCCGAGAGUCCUUCCAGAAACAAUAACCACCACAAAAAUGACAACAGGGACUAGGCCCUACUCUGCACCCCCCACCCCCACCCCCCACCAUUUCCUAGGAUGGACAUAUCUUUCAAGGGAAAAAAAAAACAUGUCUCUGGGGUAUUUCACAAUAUAUUUUCUUUGUAUAAUGUUCUUUACUUAAAGAACAGAAAUAGUUUUUUAUAAAACUUUAAAAAGGAAAAAAAACAGGCAUUUAUAACUGAGGGUAUGAACUUAUAUCCACCAGGUCUCUUGUCCCUGCACUUCAUUUUCUUUGGAAGAAAAUGAUGUCUAAAGAACAAUAUAGAGGCAUUUUUACAUACGUAUUUAAAUGAAAAGGAAAAUCGUGGUUUCUUAAAUUGAUAAGGAUUAAGAAUAUUUUAUUAUAAAUAUAAUAUAUGAUUUUUUAACCUGUUUUGUUGCCUCAUAUGCUGUCAGGUUAAUUUGUUUUCCUUUGUGCCAGAGGUGGGGAGGAAGGCACUCUGUCUGCUGGGUAAAUGCCUAAAUUCACUCACCUUCAUGGUUUGGGGGCAGCAUGGUCAUUGUGGAUAUUGGUUUUGUGGAGUUGAGGGAACUUAGGAUAUAAGUUCACUCCCUCUAUUUUUCUUUGUGAUUCAGUUUUUCAAAAAUCUUUUUUUCUUCCCUUUCUCCCCAAUGUGGAAAUUACAAAUCAAAGGCCUUUUUCUUUAAUGUAAAGUGUAUUUAUUUAAAAAAAAUACAAAAUAAACUACAAGUCUGUCUUUGUU